ACCUCACUCUGCGAUACAACCUCGAGACAAGUCGGGACAAGACCAGUCUCAGGGCUCACCAUACUCAAUGAGCGGACAGCGCAAUGUCAGAGCGCUCUGGGCAAACUGCAAAGGGGAAGGAAGGCAAAACCAAGUAUGCGUCUCUCAACCUGUUUGAUACAUACAAAGGAAAGAGCCUUGAAACACAAAAGCCUGUUGUUCCCCCCCGCCAUGGCCUACAGUCUCUUGGUAAAGUUGCCUCCGCACGGCGUAUGCCACCCCCUGCCAACCUGCCCAGUCUGAAGGCAGAGAACAAAGGCAACGAUCCCAACGUCUCGCUCGUUCCCAAAGACGGCACAGGAUGGGCAAGCAAACCGGAACAAGCGGACCCAAAGAGUACCGAUGCAUUGUCAGCACCGCAGCCGGAACCGCCGCAGCCUGUGGCUUCACAGAUGCCUGCACCGACCCGCCCGAGAACCCCGCCGGCUACAGAGGUACCGACAAACACAGCUCUGGCCCCAGCUUCAACCCAGGCCGUAGGGGCAAGGUCCUGGGCACAGGCCAGUGUUACACAUGGAACACAAGGGGAUGGUGGAAAGGGAUCAAACCUACCGUCGCCAUUCUCUCGCGAGGAAUUUCCCACCCUGCAGGCGGCUGGCGACCAGGACAGAGCUGGCAGAGAACAGGGCACUGCAGAUCAGUGGUAUGGGCCAGGACCAAGCCUCCGCCCCCAGAACGUUACAAGCUGGCGGGACGGUGGGGGCCGAGCCCUGGCGCCCACCUUGUCUGGGGAGGGGGCAGCGGAGGGUGGCAACGGUGGGGCUCUGGUGAUGGAUGGGGCAGCUGGGGUCCCGCCGCAGAACUCCCAGUCCCACGGGCCACCUAGGAACCCUCCCGCAGGCAGCCCCGCCUUGCCCCUGCCCCAGCCCCCAGUUGGGCCAGGGUUCCCCCAAUACAGAGGGAUCAUGCCUCCAUUCAUGUAUCCUCCCUAUCUGCCCUUUCCGGGACCCUAUGGCCCUCAGGCAACCUACAGGUACCCGCCACCUGGGGAAGGGCCUGUUCCAAGGUUUGCGCGUGCGCAAGGUGGUCCUGAUAACAGGCCCCAGGGUGGCCCACGUGAUGCAGGUGGAGAGGCGGUGAAGCGACCCUCUAUCCUGAAGCAGGACGACCUGAAGGAGCUAGACGAGCUGGACCACGACGGAGACGAGGGCUGGGCAGGCGCUCACGAGGAGAUUGAUUACUCUGCCAAGCUGAAGUUCAGUGAUGAUGAAGGAGAGGAGGAGGGAGAAGAGGAGAGAACAGAGAGCAAGAAUGAAUUACGUGAGCAGCAGAGGUCCCAGGACGGCCCCCCUGCAACCUCUCGCUCUCGAGCCUCAGACAGCGGAGGAGAAAGCCGCCACACUCCUCCUGCUAAUGCUGACAAUGGCCCCCAACCCCCCUCCAGCAAGCCAGGAUGGGCCGAGGAGGGAGGCAGUGGCUGGAGCGGCCAGGGAGCACCACCCAACUACCAGGGGCGCAGGCCUGGACUGGGUGGUCUCCGGGAGCAGCCCUCCCCCCCACCUGGGCCGCUCCUCGGACAAGGGCCCUACUCCUUUUACCGAGAGGAUCGGCCCCACAACCAGAGUGCCCCUGUUGGCCCUGGAAAACCUGCCCAGCAGCAGCCAGCACCAGGAGGCCCUAGCCCUCCUUCCCAGCCUGGCCUACAGGUCCACGGGGGCCAGGGAGAAGAUGAGGAUGAGACUUGGCGUCAGCGCAGGAAGCAGUCCUCUACAGAAAUCUCCGCCGCUGUGGAGCGAGCCCGUCGACGCCGUGAGGAGGAAGAACGCAGGAUGGAGGAGGAGAGACGCGCCGCAUGUGCUGAGAAGCUGAAGAGGCUCGACGAGAAGCAGCAACAGCAGCAGGGCAGCAGCGGUGGCCCCAGUAAAUCCCCAAGCCUUGAUGGAAACUUGACAGCUGCCCCAGCAAGCAGCCCCAGUCCGUCAAUGUCGGCCUCCGCCUCCUCCCCAAACAUCAGCCAGCCGCCAUCUCCAUGUGUAGACACCGAGGAGCCUCCGGUGCUGGUUGUGCAGCCGGGGACGGUUCCUGUAGUCAGUGACAGACAGAGAGCAAGCAGCAACAGCAGCUAUGACUCCAGCGCAGAAACCCAACAGUGUCCUCAGCCUGCCGUGUCACAGCCACAGCAGCCCACUCUGGAGGUACCUCUACCAGGAGAGCCGAAGGAGGAGACCGUCGGCAGUCCUCGCAUUCGUGCGGGAAGUGGAGGUGAAAGAGGAGUCGAUCCAGUGAAAAUUGAGAAUAUCGGAGGAGGUGGAGGAGGUGGAGGAGGAGGCGGAGGCGGAGGGGGAGGAGCGGGUCGUCAAGCCGGUGGUCCUCCCGGCCAGGGUUACUCAAAGUACCAGAAGUCUCUUCCUCCUCGUUUCCAGAGGCAGCAGCAGGAGCAGCUCCUGAAGCAGCAGCAGCAGUGGCAGCAGCAGCAGCAGCAACAACAACAACAGCAGCAGCAGCAGCACAGUCAGGCAUCCCAGAGCCAGCUGUCCCCCCAGCCCCAGCCCCCACAGGGUCCUUCACCAGGUUCAACACCCCAGCCAGGGCCUGGACCUAAGCAGGGUGGGCCACUGUAUCAACCCAGUAAUAUGGUUCGACCCCCACCUCUGCCAAUGAACUUUGACCCUCGCUGGAUGAUGAUGCCCUACAUGGACCCCCGCAUGAUGCAGGGCCGCCCUCCACCUAUGGACUAUUAUUCAGCUGGCAUGCACCCGUCUGGGCUUAUUGGGCGUGAGAGGUCUGAUUCAGGGGGAUCUGGUUCAGACCCCUUUGACAGGCAGCAGCAGCAGCAGCAGCAGCAUCCAGGGCACCCUCACCGCGGGACUCCACCUAUAGAUCCUAAGCUGGCCUGGGGGCCGGAGGUAUUCCCUGUCGGAGGGGAGGGUCGUGGGCUGACCUCCCCACUGAGGCAGAAGCAGGCGUUGGAGGAUGAUGAUAUGGCCAAAGGGCAGAGGAGUGACACUCCUCCACACCGCAUGCGAGAGGGUGGAUUGGGACCCAUCCAGCAGCCCAGCUCUGGCUCCGGGACGUCCAAUCAGACCCCACCACCAGUCGGCACUCAAGUUGGCACCCAGGGUGGCGGCCACCACCCUCAUCACUAUAUGGGUGGGAGGGGCAACUACAGCAACUUCCCCGAUCAAGGUGCGAGGAUGGCUCCCCAUCAGCAGCAGCAGCGGGCCGGUGAGAGAGGAAACCACCCGCAUGGCUUCACCCAUCAGGAUGAAGGGCCCCCCCGAGGGUCUCAGCAAGGCCAGAUUUGGGGAGCCCCGCACCCUCACUAUGACCGCAAUGGCCGCGCAGACAUCCCCAAUGUCGAGAAUAACUCUCACCUCCACCACCAUCACGGCCACCACCCUCAGCAGCCUCACUUCCCUCUCCAUCCCCACAAGCAAGAGAGCAGCCGUGACAGGGUUGUCGAGGCUCCGGCCAAGAAGACGGACUCCUCUCCCCCUCUCCACCAACCUUCCCUCUCGUCUUCGUGCUCCUCCUCGGCCUCCUCCACCUCUGCCAGAGAAGAUGGUAAUGUCAAAAUCGCCCUGCAUCAUCACCCCUCCCACAGAGAGGGUGAAGUGAUGGGGCACGGCGAGAGAGGCAACAGCGGCGGCGGUAGCAGCCAUGUGAAACAGGAGAAAACCGGCCAGGGGUACGCCCCCCAUUCCUCCAUGACCUCGAGCCCACCUCCCGCUCAGCAUGGCGGUCACACUCAGCAGCAGCAGCAGCAUCCCCAUCCAAAGUCAAACCAAAGAGGGGGGCGGGAGCACAAGACAGAGACCCAGUGGGGCCCACGGCCUGGCAGCAGCAAUACAGGUGGGGGGUCCUCUCACGGUAGGAGGGCCAACAAUGCAGGAGGUGGGAACAAUUCCCGCGGAGGUGACGACUCCUCCAACACUCCAUCGGACCACAAGCCCUCCAGUCAGGGAGGAGGGGGCAAUGCCAGUAAGAGGGCCGGUCCCAUCAAGAAACCAGUGCUGAAAGAGAUGAAGAGAGAGGGAGAAGUUGACGGAGGAGAAAAAACAAACCAAGGCUUCGGGAAAGAUAAAGAGCAAGAUGGGGGCCAACCCAGCUCCACGAAGCAGGAUGCCUCCUCCGCCUCCCAGAACAGUUCAGCUCCAUCUGGUAAAGAAGAGUCGACACAGUCCAAACCCAGGAACGGAAAAGAACGGUCCGGAGGAGGAGGAGGAGGGUCAGGCAGAGGGCCCAAAGAUGUAGACUCCACUUCAGGAUUUUCAGGGUCCAGGAGGGACAGAGACCGCUCCUUUGAGAGAGGAGGCGGCGCCCCCCACCACCAUGGAGUCCCCACCAAAGGCGGCCGAGGCAGUCGUGGACGAGGUGGGGAGUUUUACGGGCGUGGCCGUGGUUACCGGGGCACCUACACGGCCAGCGCUGGACCUAGUAGUGGCAGUCGGGGCAGAAUGGGGGGCAGGAGUGGCAGAGACUACCGCUCGUCUGUGGCUGGUGGUCAUCACCAGGAGUCGAAGGGUGAGGGGGCUGGAGGCAGGCACGGUCAAGACCGGUCCCAGCACAACCCCGCCAGAGCCAGGAACCGAAGUGAAACCCGCAGUGAGGGUUCUGAGUAUGAAGAAAUCCCCAAAAGAAGGAGGGAGAGGGGCUCAGAGACUGGCAGUGAGAGUGGUGCAAGUGACCUCGGUCACUCAGACAAGGAAGACCACCAGAAACCCAACACCAAGAACGGCUCCGAUAACGCCAACGCCGCCGGCAGCGGCAACAUUUCAUCUGCACCACCCAGAGGUUCACAGGCCCGGGUCUUCACCCCCAGGGGCGUACCCUCAAGGAGGGGCCGGGGUGGAGGCAGCGGAGGAGGAAACAUGUACAGGAGUGGUGGAAACGUUGGAGGAACCGGUGGAGGACACAGAGUCGGACCCGGCUCCUCUUCCCACGGCGGCUCCUCCAAGCAGUCGGCGUCAGUGCGGAAGCAGCAAGCCCCGGCACAAUCCUCCGGGCCCAAAGACUCGAACCGGGGGGGAAACAGCGGCGAGAAGAAGGACAAGAUGUCUGAUGGAGGUCAAGCUCAAAGUCAGGGGUCCAAUCCCCCUCAGCCGUCUCUGUCCGCAGUUGCUCCCGCCACGCUCGCCUCCACGGAGAACGGUGGGGUUGUGACCCAGCAAGCUGCAACCAACCCCACGUCAAACUCCGGAGGGCCAAACUCAGUCCCUCUUCCUGCUAACCGUGGGUUCCCUCCAGGCGGGUUCGAGCGACCCCCCAGACGUCGGCGUCACGGGCGAUCCCAGCAUCAGCAGGACAAGCCGCCCCGCUUCCGGAGGCUGAAGGAGCGCGAGAACGCCGCACGCAUCAACGGAGGAGUGGGGGUCAUCGGAGGAGGAAGACCCUCCUCUCCGUCCCUGAAUUCAGUUCAGGACAGUAACGGAGCCCCGAUCUCCACCCCCAUGACGGGCAACGCCCAAAAUGCUAACCACAACGCCACACUAACCGCCAACAGUAACAGUGGUGGGGGGCAUCUGAGCAACGCCAACAGCCACCACCAUCACCACUACAACCAGGGCAACGCUGGGCAGACCCCCCACCACCACAGCCACGGAGCCAAGUCCCCCGACUUCACCAACCAGAACUCGGACCAGGCCAACGAGGAGUGGGAGACCGCCUCCGAGAGCAGCGACUUCACAGAGUUCAGAGACCGGGAGGGCGGAGGGAAGUCGUACUCCUCCCACCAUCACCACCACAUGGGAAGAGGAGGAGGAGGAGGAGGAGGAGAAGGAGGCAGAGGAGGUGGUGGAGGAGGAGGAGGAGGGGGAGGAGGAGGAGUGGUGGAUCGAGAUAUGGCGGGAAAGGAGCCGUCAGCGAAUAAACGAAGCUUCUCGAGCCAACGACCCGGCAUGGAGCGACAGAACCGGAGGGUCAACACUGGAGGAGGAGCGGGAGGCGGAGGGGGAGGAAGAGGCCCCCGCGGCCCCCCUGGUGGCGGCGGCGGGCCCGGCAACGGAGGCGGCAACCGUGGGGAGAGACGGGGCAACUGGCCCUCACCGAAAAAUAGGAAGUGACGGAAUAUUUCGAAACAUUUCAGAUGAACCCCACCCACGUUAAAAAAACCCCCACCUCUUACAUUUUAAUCCCUUUUUGAUCAUUAUUUCAUGGCUUUAUUUCAUGUUUGCAUCCCUAAAACAUAUUAGUGCAUUGUACAGUAUAUGGAGAUGGUAUUCACAUUCACUUUAGCUGCCUCCCUUCUCCUACCCCAACCCCACCCUGGUCACCCCUCCCUCCCUCCCUCCCUCCCUCCCUCUUUUUGCAUCAAUCUACUAUCUACCGUCCGUUAUUGUAAAUUUCUCCGUUUGUUCCGUCUUACUCUCCUUUUCAGUUG